GGAAGAUAUGCAUCCUUACAGACGGCGAGAACCCGAUUGAGGUCGAGGACUGGGAAGCAACGGCGAACAAGAUGAACGCGUUGAACAUCCAGCUCACCGUGGUCGGUGUCGACUUUGAUGAUGAAGAGUACGAGCAGGAAGACAAGAGCAAAAUGAAGCGCGCCAACGAGGAAUUCUAUCGCCAAUUUACUGAGCAUCUUGAGUCGGGCGUGGUAGGCAACUGCGACUACGUGCUCACCGAAGUCUCCCGUCCCGAUGUGAAAGAAGUGCGAUCGACCAUGACGGGCAACGUCCUGCGUAUCGGCGACACUGACGUACGUCCCAACGAAGCUCUCGAACUCAUGGUGAAGACGAGCAAGUGCACGGCCCUCUCCCGUCCCAAGAGCUUCAAGAAGUUUGCGCGGCGGAAGCAGACCGCCGAGGAAAAGGCUGCGGCAAAAGACCGGAUGGACGAGGACGACGCGGAAGAGGAAAUCCAUUUCGCCCAACUGCACAUGCGUAGCGAGUACUACCUUGAAGAAGAGAAGCCAGGCUCCUCCAAGGGGGGCGGAAGUGCGCACGGCGACGUAGAAGACGAUGCAGAGACGCAGGCGGAGCGCGACAAGCGUCUCGUGAAGGUCGAGAAGGAAGAGCUCGUGCGCGGGUACAAGUACGGCGCGUCUUUCGCCCCCGCGCCCGAGGAAGGUUUCCCCAAGUUCCCCGUGCGGCCUGGCAUGGACAUCUGUGGGUUCUUCCCGCAAGAGCGCUUCCGGCGCGAGAUGGCGAUGGGCGAGGUGUACUACGUGUGGGCAGACCCCGCGAGUCCGAUGCAGCAAGUCGCGCUAUCAAGCAUCGUGAACGCUAUGAACGAGACACACGUCGUGGCCAUCACGCGCUGGGUGAAGACAGAGAAGGGCGAGCCGAAGAUGGGUGUCUUGUGGCCAACGGUGUUCGAGGAGAUCGAUUGUUUCCUCUGGGUCCAGAUGCCGUUCGCGGACGACAUCCGCAACUUCACGUUCGCCUCGCUCGAGAACCUCAUCACGAAGAAAGGAGAGGUCGUCAAGGAGCACCCCUACCUCCCCACGAACGAGCAGAUGGAUGCCAUGGAGAAGUUCGUCGAUGCCAUGGACCUCAUGGACGCCGGCGAGAAAGACGAGGACGGGAACCGCAUGCCAUGGUUCGACACCACCCUAUCAUACAACCCCGCGAUCCACCGCAUGAAACAGGCACAGUUCCACGCGGCCAUCGUGAAGGACCUCAACACGCACCCUCUCCCGCCACCUCACGAGGAGCUACUUAAGUACUUUGAGCCACCUCGUCGUGUGCUCAAGCGCGCCCGCGAAGCCAUCGAGGAGUGCAAGACCACCUUCAACGUGCGCGAAGCCCCCAAGAAAGUCGCGCGGGUGCGCAAGGACGAGCAUGUCCGCGCGCGCGAUGAGGACGAGGAGAUGCUGCUGCUCGACCGCCAACCCGGCCCGUCCCAGACCCAGGCGCAACGCGCCACCCAGACGCGCUCCUUCGCACAGACACAGACAGCCAGUCCGUCCCGGACACAGCAGAAGAAGACCACCGGAAACGACUCGGACAGCGCAACAGAGAUAGAAGACGACUCGGACGACGAGGGGCUGCUCCUCGACUCUGCGGCGCGUCGUCCCGAGCCCGCUGCGCCCCUGCCGACGCCGGCUCGCUCGCUAUCUCCGGACCCGCGCAUUGACAGGAACAGGCCGAAGGGUCGCAUCAUUGGCUACACGUAUCCUCUGGCUGACUUUAUGAAGAACAUUGAGCGGGGUGACGUGGUAACGAAGGCGGUGGAGGACCUGGCGUACAUUGUGAAAGAGGUCGUUGUUAGACCAUUUGCGUCGAAGCGGUUUGACGAGAUGCUCGAGUGCAUGCAUGAGCUCCGGAAGGUCUCGCUGGAGGAGGACGAGAUCGACGCUUGGAAUACGUUCAUCCGCGAACUGAAAGAGACCUGUCUAAAGUCGAAGCCAGGGAACAAGAUCUUCUGGGAGAAAGUCCGCGGCGUCGGGCGGCCUCUCAGCUACAUCAGUGAGUCCGAGGCUACCAAGGCCGGAGGCAAGUCUGCGAUUUCGGAGAGCGAAGCACAGCAGUUUAUACAGGAAUAAGUUCAGCGUGUCGGCGACGCAGCGCCUCUCCCAGUCCUCUGCUUUGAUGCCAUGGACUCACGAAUCUACGAAUACCUCUCCUUGCAUUUUGAGCUGCUUCAUUCUAAUUUUCGGAGGUCUCGUAACUGUAUAAUAAUUCUACUGCUACUACAUCUGUUAUGAAGG